AUGUCAAACUCAAGCAUUCCAUCUAAAGGUUCGUCCUACAUAUCGGCACCAAACUUCGACGCCUUCAAACUCCCAGUUGGUCUUGCAUUACCUCAAGGUCCUCCCCCAGGCACUCUAUUUGCAUCUUGGUUUUCAUUUUUUAUGGACAUUCGUGUUCCUAUCGCCAUUGCCGGUAUUUAUGCAACUCUCGUUCACAUUGCCAACCAUUUCCGACGUACCAAUAAGGAACCUUUAGCCUUUACUAAAACAAAGGCAUUCAAAUGGCUUGUCCUGGCUCAUAACAUGGGACUUUGCAUUUAUUCAGCUUGGACUUGUGCUGGUAUGUCGGCUGCAAUCUACCGUACUGUUUUCGAACUCUCAAAAGCUGCAAUCGGCGCUUCCACAGAUCCUGAUACCCUCGCCCAAUAUGUCGCAGGUAAUGCUACUCUGCUUGGCUCAUCCUCAGGCCGUACCAGCGGCAGUUUCUGGCGUAGUCUGUGUGAUAUUAAUGAUGGUAUUUGGGAACAAGGUCUUUCUUAUUACGGCUUUUUUUUCUAUCUUUCCAAAUUUUAUGAAGUCUUUGAUACUGUUAUUAUUCUUGCUAAGGGCCGCCAGUCUUCACUUCUUCAAACUUAUCAUCAUGCAGGUGCCAUGUUAUCAAUGUGGGCCGGAAUUCGUUUUGCUUCACCUCCCAUUUGGAUUUUUGUUGUUUUUAACUCAUUGAUCCACACUAUUAUGUACUUUUACUACACUCUUUCUGCACUUAAGGUUAGUGUUCCACGUCUGCUUAAGCGUGCCUUGACUACUGCCCAGAUUUGUCAAUUUGUUUUUGGUGGUUCCUUUGCCGUGCUUCACAUGUUUGUGUACUACUUUAAUCCUUCCACUGGCAAAUAUUGCCCAUGUCUCGAAACACCUGGCCAACUUUUCGCUUUGGUAUUCAAUGUGGUUUACUUGGCUCCAUUGACAUAUUUGUUUGUCAACUUUUGGAUCGAAUCUUAUGUUCGUGGUUGGAAACGUGCUGAUUUGGCCAAGAAGCAGAACAAGGUCAUUGAAAAGAGUGUUUCUUCUUCUUCUUCAACUACUUCUUUGGACGCUUCUUCGGGUUCAUCGACUUCUGUGCCACCGCCCAGUAUUACCAGCCGAUCCCGCAAAGAUUAA